UACGCACACAUUUCUCCCAUCGAUUUUAAGGAAAAUUACGAGAAAUUACAUAAAACGAAAAUUCAUAAAUUAAAAAUAACAUGUUAAAUAUUUGUGCAAAAACUUUGUGGAGAUGUCAGCCAUUAAAGCAAACGUACAGAAUCUUAGCUCUGCAGAAUUACGCAUCGUUUAGUGUGAAAGAUAUUCUGUAUGAGACCUCGGAUGAAGCCGGUACAUUGCUGACACGUUUUGCCAAACAUGUAGCCCAAGAGCGUCAAAAGGUUUGUGAGCAAGUGCCCAGCGAUGUGAAAUAUUCUGAUUAUUUUCCCAUAAGUGAUGUGAGAUAUUUUCAUAAAGAAUUAGAAAAAACGCCCAAGGAACAACUAGCAGCCGUUAUAAUUUAUGCUUCCACUUAUCGUUCCAAUGCUGAACCCGCUAAAUUUGCCAUCGUACUAAAUGAGCUUGAUAGACAUGCUUCAGAUAAUGUUGAGGACAUGAAUGCAGAUACUAUAUUGAGAACGUUGUAUGCAUUUUUGUUUCUCAUACCAAAUUGGAUGACUCGCUUAGAUUUCUAUGGACGAGCCAUGCAACGUUUACACGAAGAGUUCAAUAAGGAUGCCAACAAAUCUAAGGAACAGUUUGUUCAGUUAUGUUUUUACAUGGGUUUAAGUAAAAAACAAACAAGAUUCAAUGUUAAUAAGUUAUUAAAUUCUCUCUUGGAUGAAAAUCUAAGUAAAUAUAUGAAGGAUUUUAGUACCAUAGAUAUGGCCUUGGUGAGUAAUGCUGCCUAUAAAACAUCUAACAUCAUAAAAAAUGAAGAUUUCAAUCAGCGUUUAUUAAAAGAAGUACUGGACAUUUCGCACACCUCAAAUGGAAAUGAUGCUCUCUUGAUUAAUUUCAUUAAAUCUAUGCGUUUACAACGUCUACGUUCCCCCAUAGUGUGUGAAUAUAUUACUAAUAUCUGCCAGGAUGCAGGAAAACUACGACAACUGCAAGCCAGAGGUCAGGUACACUUAUUUGCGUAUCUGGCUGAAAAUCUAUGGGACAGUAAAAACUGCACCCAACCUCUAGUAGAUACAAUUACUGAGCAAUUGACACUUUCCCGCCAUAGCAAUAGAAGUUAUACCCCAACAAUAAGGGGCAAAGAUAUUGCAACAUUUUUAUGGUCAUGCGCCCAGUUGAAUUGUAGUUUAUCUUCUAUACAAUUCCGCACUAUAGAAAAUAGCCUUAUAGAAAAACUAAAUGCCAAUGAAUUUAAUUAUUUCUCCGAUCAUCUGGUAGACUCUUGUUUGUCUCUGUGGACAUUGGGCUACAAGACCAAAGAACUUUUACAGGCUGCUGUGCAACUUAAAUCUGAAUCAACUAAUAAACGUCAUCAACCUAAAGUAGACAGCCGUAUUACCGUGCUAUUGUCGGCAGCACAAAUUGAAGAACCUGCGUGGUGUGCAUCUGUGAUCAAAGGCUUUGAAGCGUUUAAUGUAAAAGCUAAAUUUCCCUCUAAUCUUCUAAAAAAUCAAAGCAUACCUUAUCAAGAGAUUAUAGGCCAGCUAUUAAAGGAAGAAUAUGUAUCAUCUGCUAAUCUCACAUGUCCCAUCAAUGGUAUUAAUAUACCUGGCAUUCAUGUCAAGUUGUCUUCUCCCCCCGAUAGUCAAUUAUUUGUAGAGUUUAUAACUCCAUCACAAUCUUUACAUUUCUCUCAAGAGCCUGUUGCAAUUCUAAGAUUAAAACUGCGUCUUUUAGAGUCCUUGGGUCAUAAAGUUAAAGUGUUAUCUUCAACUAAUAUGCUUGAUCCUCAAACUUUAAAGGAGGCAAUAACAGAUAGUGCAGAGCAAGGCGAACAUAUCAAAGAACCAGCCGAAAGUAGUAUUAAGGCUUAAAUAAUUUAGUUGUAGAGACAUUAGUAUUUCUAAAUUUGUUAUUAUUGUGUAUAUUAAUUUGUGUAUAUUAAGUACCUGGUAAAAUAAACUUAAUAUAAUGAGUUUAUAUUAACCGCUUUGUUAUGGAUUUACAAUAAUAAA